GUCACUGAGCCGCCGCCGAGGACUCAGCUGCCUCCCCCUCGAGCCCCCUCGCUUCCCGACGCUCCGUCCCCCCCGCCCGCCUUCUCCCGCAGCCGCCUUCCGCAGGCCGUUUCCACCGAGGAAAAGGAAUCGUAUCGUAUGUCCGCUAUCCAGAACCUCCACUCUUUCGACCCCUUUGCUGAUGCAAGUAAGGGUGAUGACCUGCUUCCUGCUGGCACUGAGGAUUAUAUCCAUAUAAGAAUUCAACAGAGAAACGGCAGGAAGACCCUUACAACUGUCCAAGGGAUCGCUGAUGAUUACGAUAAAAAGAAACUAGUGAAGGCGUUUAAGAAGGUGGGUCUGCUGUGGAGAGAGCACAUUGGAACAAAUGCCAAGCUGGUGCCAUUGGUCAUAUGGCUAGCUGUAGAGGCUUCAACUCAGUACGAGCCGCUGCCUAGUGCCAUGUGA